AGUAAUGGCUGCUUCUGUGAACUGUGCUGCACAUCGUUCCUCUGCCGCCCAGUGAAUAUAGGCUACGUCAGUUUUCUCGCUUCGCUGAACUGUCGCUGGGGAUAUGUGCCACCUCCUAAGCAAAAUUCAUCAAGGCAUUCUCACUGCUUCAGCAGAACACUUUACUGGCUGCGAAGAACGACAUUCUGGAAAGAAAUAAAACCGUCUCUGGGUUAAACUUCGACCAACCAACACAGCGGUAGGAGGAGUCAACAGGCAUGUCUCUGAUGUCUGAUGUUGGCAUACUGAGUAUGCUGUUGCGGAUGGGGAAAGCCAGUGACUCUUGCUCCUGGGCUCUGCAGCGGGAGACAGAUGGGUGGAGUGUGUGAUUGAAGACAGAUGUGAAUCAACAUCAGUACAGCAUUGGCAGCAUCGCAGUGUUUCUACACCUGAUGAAUCUGUGAAUCUGCCAGCGUUGAGUAUCUCAUGGUGAAAUUUACAACCCAACACUCAGAAGCCAGUGAACAUGUUCCUUCAUGGUGAGGUGCUGUUCCAUUGAAUGUUUGAAGAGAUUUGGGACAGAAAAAUCCUGGGAGAGGUCAAAAAAAAAAAAAAUUCACUGUGUUGGACUGACACUGACAGGUUUGACCCAAGAGCAUUUUGUGACCUCUGGAGCACCACUUCUCAUUUCCUCAUGCAUCAGUUUGUCCUAACUGGUCCUCCUAAAACCUGGUGGAUUUGAGUCAGCUCCUGAAGAUUCAGAUUGCGACUGCUGUAUAACGGGCCCUCCAAUCCUCUCGAGUUCUAACCCAGCCUUAACAGAGCCAUCCAGCUACCAUUACCAGCCUUCACAGUAGGACAUACAGACAAACAGUGCUGGAAUUUACUGCCUCACUCUUUUAUUGCAAGAGAACUUUAGUAUUGCAUCCAGGGAGUUACAUAACACCAAAACAAAGACUUGUACACCUGUGAGCACUCACUCUGAUCGAAUGGCAUCAUAACCACUCAAACACACCCAAGAUUGCCAAUUAUUAACCUAUUCCACCUUUCUUACAGACAGACACACACACACACACACACACACACACACAAUAGCAAGUGCCCACACAGACAAUCACAUACAAAAACCUACUAGUUGGAUUACCAAAGUAGCUCAUGAUGGGAAAGUAGAUUUCUGACACCACGGAUAGCCUGCACAGAGGUUUGGGACACAGUUUUGUGUCUGAGCGUUCCAUGUCUGGCAACGGCAACCCCUGUCCAAGCCCUGGAGGGUUGGGUAGCCCUCUCGGGGGCUUCCCCAUGCACCACUACCCUUACUUCUUCCCUCAUAUGCUAGGGGGGCUCUCACCUCCAGCCCUUUCAGGACUUCCUGUCAGUGGAUACAGCACUCCAUCUCCUGCAAGGUUUACAAGGCUACGUCAUCAUGGCAGCAAAGUUGUAGAAUUGGAUAUAACUUUACACAGAAAAGCUGUGGAGACCCAAAGUACAAGCUCAGAGGAGAUUGUACCCAGCCCCCCCUCUCCACCGCCGCCUCCACGGGUCUAUAAGCCCUGUUUUGUCUGUCAGGACAAGUCAUCGGGCUACCACUAUGGAGUCAGUGCAUGUGAAGGCUGCAAGGGCUUUUUCCGAAGAAGUAUUCAGAAGAACAUGGUGUACACUUGCCACAGAGAGAAAAGUUGUAUCAUCAACAAAGUCACCCGAAACCGUUGCCAGUACUGCAGACUGCAGAAGUGUCUGGAAGUGGGCAUGUCUAAAGAAUUGAUCGCCGGGAAAGAACGAAGGCACAUUCAGCUGACACCUCACCAGCACCAGAGAAACGCCGUUCGAAAUGACCGGAAUAAGAGGAAGAAGGAUGACAAGAAGCAGGAGUGUACAGAGAGUUACGUCUUGAGUCCUGAUACAGAGCAGAUGAUCGAACGGGUGAGGAAGGCUCACCAGGAAACCUUCCCCUCCCUCUGCCAGCUGGGCAAAUACACCACGAACAACAGCGCUGAGCAGAGGGUCUCCCUGGACGUUGACCUGUGGGACAAGUUCAGUGAACUCUCCACCAAAUGCAUCAUUAAAACGGUGGAGUUCGCCAAGCAGCUGCCUGGCUUCACCACACUCACUAUUGCAGAUCAGAUCACCUUGUUAAAGGCAGCUUGCCUCGACAUCCUGAUUCUGCGAAUAUGUACACGCUACACACCUGAUCAGGACACCAUGACAUUUUCAGAUGGUCUGACACUGAACCGCACCCAGAUGCACAACGCUGGCUUCGGUCCACUUACAGAUCUUGUAUUCGCUUUCGCCAACCAGCUCCUGCCUCUGGAGAUGGAUGAUGCAGAGACUGGGCUUCUCAGUGCCAUCUGUCUACUGUGUGGAGAUCGGCAGGAUCUGGAACAGUCAGAUAAAGUGGAUGUGCUGCAGGAGCCGCUGCUGGAGGCACUGAAGAUCUACGUGAGAAAGAGGAGGCCUCAUAAACCACACAUGUUCCCCAAGAUGCUGAUGAAGAUCACAGACCUGAGGAGCAUCAGCGCUAAAGGAGCGGAACGAGUCAUAACGCUGAAAAUGGAGAUUCCUGGAGCCAUGCCACCUCUUAUUCAGGAGAUGCUGGAAAACUCAGAGGGUCUGGAGGGCGGUGGUGGGGCGAGAGGUGGAGGAGGAGCCCCACCAGGAAGCUGCAGCCCCAGUUUGUCACCCAGCUCAGCGCAUAGCAGUCCAUCUACUCACUCCCCCUGACUCUCAUUUCCAGAUAGGGCUCCAUGCAGAAUUAAACUGGUUAGAAACCAGAAGCAAGCCACAGACAACCAGCGCCAGAGACCAGAAUCCAGUAGACUUUGAUCCGGGUGGACCGGGCCCGAACCAAACUGUAAAUCUGGCUGACUUUCAUUAGUUGAAGACCAAUUGAGUUCCACACAGGUCAAGCCUAAUCAAAACUCACACCGUCAUCAAAAGCACCAGUGAUUCAGUGAUUAAAUGAGCCCUAGACAUUGGCCUCAGUGUAAGAGGAGCAGACUGAAGACGCUGUGAGACCCUGUGUGAGCAGAAGCAGCUCCUUACUGUGUCUUCCUGGCUCUGCUCCAAUCACACAAACUGUGAAGGUUAAGGGAACUUUUCUCCUUGUCCGAGGGACAUAAUCUCUUGGCAUGUGACGUUUAUUUUAGAAAUUUUAAUCGCUUAAGCAAGCUAAGGACAUAGGACGUCAAAUGUCCAAACGUCAGGGACAUUUUGAACUUUCCAGCCGUUUUGGUUCUGUUUCUUUGUUUUCUUACAAAAGAUAUAAGAAAAUCUAUAUUGACAGACAUAUGAGAUUUGAAUUUUUUGUCUUAGGUGGAAUGCAGAACAAUUCUUUUUUCUCACUUUUCUUAAGAGUCGAAUACAGUUAUGGUCAACCCACUGUUACACUCACUCCAGAAGUUUGUUGUGGUUGUUCUGGAAAUAUUUGUAUUGCGACAAAGACAGAUUGUCCUGUUCACUUCAUGCACAAGGGCACCGUCACACUAGCACUGAAAGAGAUGAGAUAAGACACCAUUUUGUCCAGUGAGGAGAUGAACUCCGAAUGAUUUGGAGAUGUAUUAAACGUCAUCAUAAUGGUAAAUUGGCAGUUUGUGGCUGAGAAAAGACCGAUCUCAUGUAAACAAGCAGCUUACACUUGUAAGAUAAUGUGUAUGAGAUCUUUUAAAGGGAGCUCUGUCUUCCUGUACCUGUUUUAAUAUUGUUUGUUAAUUAUCUUUUUUGUAAUUGUCAUCUGUCGUAAGACAUGGAAGACCCUUUUACACAGUAUUAGCAGAUUAUGAAAUGAAAUGAAAGAUUUCCAAAAAUAGUUAAUCACAAAGAAUUCGUUUUUAGCUAAAUGCCCAAAAGGCCACAAAUAAAAAAAACACGUUAUUUCAAAAGUAAUGAAAAUGAUGUUAUCAACUAUUUAGCAUUUCACACAGAACGUCGUGCAGUUUCAUGCCUUUUUUCUGCACCUGAAUCUUGAAGCCCUCACUCAAAAAUCAAAAAAUAAAAUAAAAAAUGAUAAUUUUAAGAUUUACACAUUUUAGAAUCAUAACAAAAUUCCAUCAAUUUGAAUUGGAAAAAAAAUAAUAAUAUUUUUUUAAUACAUUUAAUUUUGUUGGAAAUUACACAAUUCAAUUUGAUGGUAUUUUGUUGAAAUUGAAAUGCAUAAAUCUUAAAAAUAAGCUAACAUAUUUUUUUGAGUGCCGUUAAUGUUAGAUUUGUGUGUAUUUUAUCAUCUCUACCACAUUUUAGCUGUUGCGUGCACCCUGAGAUACUUCCGCCUUCUGUCUCUGCAGAACAAAUCUAGGUUUCUCAAUCAGUGGGCGUUUUUUAACAGGGAUGGGUGUUUUUAACCGCUUGCCUUCCACAUUGAAAUUCCCUACUUUCAUUGAAUUGUUGAGCAACGACCAUCCUGGUUUGAAAAUGCCCACUGAUUACAACAUUGAAAUUCCUUACUUUCAUUGGAUAGUUGCAAAAUGCCCAUCCCGGUUCGAAAACACCCACAGAUUGGGAAACUCCCAUUAUUGUUCCGCAGAGACCUAUACUUUCGUUUUUCUUACCUGGACCUUACAACAUCACUGCCUCUGCUCUCCUGCAACAAUCAUUUAACAAUUGUCAACAACAACAACACUGCCUCUGUGUGACAAUCACUUUAAGUCAAGCUCACAAACAAUUCUGCCUCUGUAACACACACUGAUCCCUGGCAGACAUCUGGAUUGGAGCCAGUAGCCAGCAUUCAUUGACUGUUGACAGACUUCCACAUAUGCACUACUAUUCCCAAUCUCUGGAACUGUAAUAAGUUUCAAAACAUCAAACAAGGACUAUAUUUACAAGUUGCAUCUUUCUUAACGAGCAAGCAUUCAUUGACUGAAAGGUUUGAUGAUAUGGUGUAAUCCUCCUGUCUUGGUGUGAUAAUUAAAUCUCUAAAAGAUAGCAACUACAAUUAUUUUAUGGUUUUAAAUGUGUUUUAGUUUUAUCUGAAUUUUCAUUUCAGUUAGCAUCAAUGUACCGACUUAAACUCGAUUGAUUGCCAAAAAUGAAUAAAGUACUCAAGGGUU